AUGGUUCUGGAGGUAGCAGAGGCUAAAUUGGCUCGAACUUCGGCUAAACGCGUAUUUAAUCGGAACGUCAAGAAAUUAGUUGACUUUAUUAACUCUAAAGAUACGGCUGCAUUAAUCGAGAGUAGAUUUAAAGAUUUGAAGCAGCUCUGGGAUGACGUCCAACGGAAGCACGAAGGGUAUAUAGAAUCGCUGGAAAAUUCGAAGACGACUUAUGAUGUUGAGCAAGAGGAUGGAUGGAUUGAUGAAAUGGAUAAAGUUUAUGAUGACGUGUUACGGCAAAAGUUGGCAUACUUCGAGACCGUAGAAGAGGAUCAAAGGGAAAUCGAACGGCAACAAGAACAAAUUUCUAAAGAGAAAGAAGAUCAAAUUCGUAAGAAAGAGGGCGAUAAAGCUAUUUUUCGAGCUGAACAAGCCCGCAAAGUUGAAGAAAUCGCAUUUAGACAAGAGGUGGAAAAUCUAGAAGAGGCAUUAGCUGCAGAGAUAGACAAACCCAAUCCGGCAGCAUCAAUGCUUGAAACGGCAAGAACUGAGCUAAAAAGACAACUUGAAGAGUGUAAAAGGGUUAAUGGUGAAUAUGUUCUGCUACUUGAUGCUGAGACAGCUGGUGAUGAGAUAGCUUGGUUCACGAGUCUCCAAAAGAUUUAUUCGCAAAUAUCUAAAAAAAUCGGCGACGUUAUUCAACGGAAAAGUGAUACCAAAGGUAAUGCAAUGAGAGGAAGCACAAUGAAACUAGAAAGAAUGAAAUUACCCCAAUUCAGUGGAAAUAUUCGAGACUACCCUCGUUUUCGAUCAGAUUUUGAAAAACAAAUCCUACCAGAGUUGGAAUCUGGAAAAGUUGCAUAUGUCCUCAAAUCAUGUCUCGAAGGUGAAGCAUUUGAUGCCAUCUACAACUUAGAUGAUGAUGUAACGAAAAUGUGGAAGCGAUUAGAUGAGAAAUAUGGUCUGCCAUCAAAAUUAGUCGAUGUUGUUGUAUAUGAUAUUAAGAAUAUAAAGCACUUACAGGAAGGAGAUGAUCAAUCAUUUCUAGAGCUUAUAAAUACGGUUGAGAAAGGCUAUCAAGAUCUAGCCAGAAUCAAUAUGGAAUCUGAAAUAUCCAAUAGUGGAACAGUCAGUUUAAUCGAAGAACGAUUGUCUCGUGACAUUAAUUAAGCGGGAAUGGUCUAGAGAAGUCAACAGAUCAACCAGCAAAGUAGAACAGAAAAAUAAGUUCCCGUAUCUUCUCCAAUUCCUUCAAGAACAAAGAAAGAUUAUAGAAUACGAGCCAUCAGAGCUGAGGACUGGAGGGGAUCAUGCUCGCAAAGGUCGUGUCCACAUGAUUGACCGUGAUGGAAAGUUUAUUGAAGACAAAGAAGCUACAAAGACGACCAGGUGCUUAGUUCACAGCUCGAGCACGCAUAAUACAGCCGAUUGUAGAGUAUAUCAAGAGAUGGCGCCUGAAGGGAAAGUCCAGUUGUUAAAGGAAAAGCAAGCUUGCUGGUCAUGCCUCAAGAUUGGUCACCGCUCUAUUGACUGCAGACAACGCAAGAAAUGCAACAGUGAUGAUUGUUCAAAAUAUCACCAUGAUUCCUUACACGUAGCCCACGUUCAAGGGGUUGCAUUCCAUAUACCAUAUUUUUCCCGGCCAAAUUCUGACGCAGAUGGAAAGGAAUCGGGAACUUGCUUGCUGCAGGUGAUGAAAAUAAAAUCAGCUGUCAAUGCUGCUCCUUUAAAUGUGCUGUGGGACGGUGGUGCAACCAUUAGUCUGAUCACCUUUGCUAAAGCACGUGAGCUAAGUUUGGAUGGAGAGGAAAUUAGGCUGUCGGUUGUCAAAGUUGGCGGUGUCAAGGAAGAGAUGAGAUCAUCAGUAUACAAACUUCCCUUAAUCGAUGAAUCAGGGGAGACUGUCAACUUCCGCGUUUAUGGAAUUGAUCGGAUAUCCUCCCCUAUGGAGGGAAUUAACCUCAACGGCGUGAUGCAUCUGUUCCAAAACAUAAACAAGCAGGAGAUUCAGCGACCAAAUGGGGAAAUAGAUGUGUUGAUUGGUUAUGAGUAUGCAGGUUAUCAUCCUGAGCGGGAGCAAUCUUCUGGGCAUUUACUUCUGUUGAAAAACCGAUUCGGUCGUUGUCUGGGUGGGUCUCAUACCAGUAUGGCAGAGAACACGCUUAAGCUUAUCCAGCAUGCUACAGUUCACCAUGUUGCGAGGAUAAACAUUGAAAAUUUUUUCGAUACUGAAUCUCUAGGCGUUGAAUGUUCCCCGAGAUGUGGAAGUUGUCGCUGUGGACGGUGCCCAAUUGGUGGGAAAAGCUUCACAUUGAAGGAGGAGCGGGAAUUUGAUUGA